AUGCUGCGGAACAACGACUGCAACCCGACCGACAUCGAGGACUACGAGAAGGAGCUGUCGGAACUGCGGACGAGGACCAAGGAGGUGGAGGCGAAGCUGGCGAAGCUCCAGGGGAAGAACAAGUCGGAAAGACCCAAGCCGAAGCUGCGCUCGGCAAAUUGGUUCACUCGCAAGGACGACCUCACCAUGAGCGCCCUCUACAUCGAGCGCUACCUCAACUCGGGACUGACCAAGGAGGAACUGACGUCUGGCAAGCCCAUUGUCGGUAUCGCCCAGUCUGGGAGCGAUAUCGCCCCGUGCAACCGUCAUCACAUUGAGCUGGCCAAGCGCGUGCGUGAGGGCAUCCGGUCCGCCGGCGGGAUCGCUUUCGAGUUCCCGAUGCACCCUAUCCAAGAAAGCACGCGGAGGCCCACGGCGACCCUCGACCGCAACCUCGCCUACCUGGGGCUGGUGGAGCUCAUGCACGCUUACCCCUUCGACGGCGUGGUGCUGCUUACGGGUUGUGACAAGACGACUCCGGCGUGCCUCAUGGCGGCUGCAACUGUCAACAUCCCCGCGAUCUGUCUCAACGUUGGGCCCAUGCUGAACGGCUGGGUGAAUGGACAGAGGGUCGGCUCGGGAUCAGUCGUGUGGCAAGCUCGUGAGCUACAUGCGGCGGGGUAUAUCGCGGAUGACGAGGUGGGCGACAUGGUUGCGAGCGGAACUCCUUCGCCUGGUCAUUGCAACACCAUGGGCACAGCAUCCACCAUGAAUGCCCUUGCUGAAGCUUUGGGCAUGGCUCUUCCCGGCUCAGCAGCAAUCCCAGCGCCGUAUCGAGAGCGUUCACAGAUGGCCUACAAGACAGGCACUCGAAUUGUUGAGAUGGUUCACGAGGAUCUCAAACCGUGUGAUAUCAUGACACGACAAGCCUUCGAGAAUGCGAUUGUAGCCAAUACCGCUAUCGGCGGCAGCACUAAUGCACCUAUCCAUCUCAACGCCGUUGCAAAGCAUGCAGGAGUGCCUCUAGACCUCGAUGACUGGGACCGACUGGGGUUCACCGUCCCCCUGCUCCUCAAUAUGCAGCCAGCGGGAGAGAUGCUCAGCGAGGACUACUACCGCGCGGGCGGCCUAUCAGCCAUCCUAGCCGAGCUCCUCGAGGCAGGGAGACUCCCACACCCAGACGCCCUCACGUGCAGCGGCAAAAGCACAGAGAAGAAUGUCCGCGGCAAGCUGACCUGGGACCGUCGCACAAUCAAGCCGUUCGCCAGCCCGCUCAAGGAAAACGCGGGCUUCCUCCACAUGACAGGCACGCUGUUCGACUCGGCCAUCAUGAAGACAUCCGUCAUCUCGCCCGAGUUCCGCGCAGAGUUCCUCUCGGACCCGCACGACCCCAACGCCUUCGAGAGCCGCGUCGCCGUGUUCGACGGGCCUGAGGACUACCACGCGCGCCUGGAGGCGGUCUCAGCAGCCGGCGGCAUCGACCGCCACACCAUCCUGGUGAUGCGCGGCGUCGGACCCCUCGGCUACCCCGGCGCCGCCGAGGUGGUCAACAUGCACGCGCCGGCGCGCCUGCUGAAGCAGGGCGUCAAGGACCUGCCGUGCAUCGGCGACGGGCGCCAGAGCGGCACGUCCGGGUCGCCGUCGAUCCUGAACGCCACGCCUGAGGCGGCAGAUGGGGGGAACCUCGCGCUGCUGCGGGACGGCGACCGUGUCCGGGUCGACCUCAACGCGCGGAGGGUCGAUAUCCUGCUGCCGGAGGGGGAGCUCAAGGCGAGGCGCGCGGAGCUCGAGGCGAAAGGUGGGUACCAUGGCCCGCCGAGUCAGACGCCGUGGCAGGAUAUCUUCCGGCGCGAGGUCGGAGGAUUGAGCGAGGGGAUGGUGCUGAAGCGUGCUGUGCAGUUCCAGCGCGUGGCUCAGGUGCAACCUGCCCCUAGGGAUAACCAUUGA